AAGAUGUCAGGACCGAAAUGGCUCGUAUUUCGAUCUUUCCGUAGGACCCACAUUGUGAUAUUCAACAUCACCACCAAAACCACCAACCCACCAACUCGCAACUCCAUCACUGGCCAAUGUCCAGAAAAAUCAAAUCAAACGUACAAAGCAUUUCGCCCAAAAAAAAUUAGUCUCAACAUACACAACGGCAAUGGCCAUGGCUGUGGCUCUCCGAAGACUCUCAACCUCCAUCCGCAACUCACCUAAAUCUUUCAUCCAUGGCGGCUCAAUCUACCACAUGUCCUCUGUGCCCAGCCAAGCAUCGCGUGAGAAGGAAAAUGCUCGUGCUGAUGUGCGUGUACUUUACUCAUUACAUUUUCUAUUGGAUAAAACAACUGAAUGCACCACUUGAGGCCAUUGAUCCUGAAAUUACUGAUAUCAUCGAACUUGAAAAGGCUCGGCAGUGGAAGGGGUUUGAAUUGAUCCCUUCGGAAAAUUUCACAUCGCUAUCAGUGAUGCAAGCUGUUGGAUCCAUCAUGACCAACAAAUAUAGUGAAGGGUAUCCAGGUGCAAGAUACUAUGGAGGAAAUGAGUACAUUGAUAUGGCUGAGAGAUUGUGUCAACAGCGUGCAUUAGAAGCUUUUCAGUUGGAUCCUGAGAAGUGGGGAGUAAAUGUGCAGUCACUAUCUGGAUCCCCUUCUAAUUUCCAAGUUUACACUGCAUUGUUGAAACCUCAUGAACGGAUUAUGGCUCUUGAUCUACCUCAUGGUGGGCAUCUUUCACAUGGCUAUCAGACUGAUACCAAGAAAAUAUCUGCUGUGUCUAUAUUCUUCGAGACAAUGCCAUACAGAUUAGAUGAAAGCACUGGCUAUAUUGACUAUGACCAGUUGGAGAAAAGUGCUACACUUUUCAGGCCAAAACUAAUUGUUGCUGGUGCAAGUGCUUAUGCACGCCUUUAUGAUUAUGCUCGUAUUCGCAAGGUCUGUGAUAAGCAGAAAGCAAUCAUGCUGGCUGAUAUUGCACAUAUCAGUGGAUUGGUUGCUUCAGGUGUUAUUCCGUCACCUUUUGAAUAUGCAGAUAUUGUAACUACCACAACACAUAAGUCGCUUCGUGGCCCUCGUGGGGCUAUGAUCUUCUUCAGAAAGGGGGUGAAAGGUGUAGACAAGCAAGGGAAAGAAAUCUUAUAUGAUUAUGAAGACAAAAUCAAUCAGGCUGUCUUUCCUGGACUUCAGGGUGGUCCACACAACCACACAAUAACUGGUUUAGCGGUUGCAUUGAAGCAGGUCGCCACUCCAGAGUUCAAAGCGUACCAAGAGCAAGUUCUGAGCAAUUGCUCAAAAUUUGCACAGAGUUUGUUAGAGUUGGGCUAUGAACUUGUAUCUGGUGGAACUGAUAACCAUUUGGUGUUGGUGAAUCUAAGGAACAAGGGUAUUGAUGGAUCAAGAGUAGAAAAGGUUUUGGAAUUGGUGCAUAUUGCGGCAAAUAAAAAUACUGUUCCUGGUGAUGUGUCAGCUAUGGUCCCGGGUGGUAUUCGUAUGGGAACCCCAGCUCUUACAUCCAGGGGAUUUAUUGAAGAGGAUUUUCUGAAAGUAGCUGAGUAUUUUGAUGAGGCUGUGAAGCUAGCCUUGAAGAUCAAGGCUAAUAGCAAAGGAACAAAGUUGAAGGAUUUUGUAACAACGCUGCAAUCAGAUGAGAAUGUUCAGUCUGAGAUUUCAAAGCUCCGCCACAAAGUUGAGUCAUAUGCCAAACAAUUUCCAACAAUUGGAUUUGAGAAAGAGACAAUGAGAUACAAUAACUGAAGAAAGAUGUUUGCGGUGCAAGAUACAUUUACUGCUGAAGAGUUUAUUCAUGGCUACCUGCCUCAAAUAUCUUCAACGUGGAAGGACAUGAUAUUCUGAAUCUUUUUUGACAUUUACAUUCUCUAUACGAGGCGAGCAUCGGAGUUUCAUCUAUAGUUACCCUAAUGAAACCGGUGCAAAAACUUCAGUAACUUUAUAUCUGCAUUUUUGGAAUUUGAUCCUUCUCAAGUUGCCCUUGUUGAUUAUUAAGACUUAAUAAGUUUGUUUUCUAUGGUCUAAUAGUUACUUUUUAUCUGUAUUUUCAUCAGACAAAGAUCAGUUCUACAAUUAUAUCCAACUUCUGACAUUCAGAUCUUGGGUAUUUUCAGUCUAUGAUUAAAAAUUCUCUCUCGUUUAACA